AUGCUCAGAAAUCUACCUCCCAGCUGCAAGCGCAGCCUGCUGCAAGCAAUAAACGACAUUUGGGCUUCGGGCGCGCUCCCGGCCGAAUGGAAGCACAGCCUGGUGGUUCUGAUCCCGAAAGGCACCGGACCAGAAAACAAGACAUCCAGCUACCGGCCGAUCGCGCUAACCAGCUGCGCCUCCAAAAUAAUGGAGAAAAUGGUGAACCGUCGACUAGUGGAGCACCUGGAGACCAACGGCCACCUAGAUCACCGGCAGCACGCUUUCCGGGCCGGACGCGGCACCGGCACUUUUCUAGCAGAGCUAGGUCAGACCCUGGACUACGCGCUAGACAGCAACCAGCAUAUCGAGCUAAUUUCCCUCGACCUGGCCAAGGCUUACAACCGGGCAUGGACCCCCGACGUCCUGGAGAGGUUGGCCCGAUGGGGCAUCACCGGGAAUCUACUCCAGUUCCUGAAGGAUUUCCUUGUCGGAAGGACGUUCCAGGUGAUCGUCGGGAACAACCAAAGCAGCCCACACGACGAAGAAACCGGAGUACCACAAGGAUCGGUAAUUACGGUCACCAUCUUCCUGGUGGCCAUGCGCGGAAUCUACCAGACCAUCCCAAGGGGCGUAUUCCUCAAGGUGUACGCCGACGACAUCACCCUGAUUGUGGUCGGAAUGCACCCGAAGGCCAUAAGGAGGAAAGCCCAAGCAGCCACCACCGCCGUCGGCAAAUGGGCCGCCAAAGCCGGAUUCGACAUCUCCGCCGCCAAGUCUGGGAGGUUGCAUAUCUGCGCGGAAAACCACCAGCCGCCACGGAAACCCAUCACCCUAAACCAGGAGGCCAUCCCCACCAAAAAGACUUUGAAGACCGUUGGCGUCACCCUGGACCGGCAUCUCACCCUGCAGGCCCACUUCGACCAGGUCAAGAAGAGCUGCAAGAGCCGUUUAAACCUUCUUCGGAGCAUCUCAGGCAAAAGAACCCGGAGCGACAGAGCCACCUAUCUGAGGGUCGCCGACGCUAUCAUUGGCAGCCGGAUAACCCGGGCCAUUAGAACCAUUUCCGGCCUGCUCCCCUCAACCUCCGCAGACGCAGCAUGCGCCGAAGCUGGCGUUCUGCCCUUUCGGCACAAAGUCGCGCUGACCACCUGCAACCGAGCCAUCGGUUUUUUGGAAAAAUCCCGGGAGAACGGGCAAGGCUGCUUCCUCGCCGAGCAAGCAAACCUGGCCCUCCAAACCGCGGCCAACGCCACACUUCCCCCGGUGGCUGGUCUCCACCGGCUUGGGCCGAGAAGCUGGUCGGCCAGGGCACCCGAAGUUGACAACACGAUCAAGAAACGUUUCAGACGGCAGGCUCAACCUCAGCAAGUUCAAGCACAUUUCCACGAAAGGAUAAGAAAACGGUACCACAAUUGGGCGAUCCGGUACAGCGACGGCUCCAAGGUAGGCGAACGAGUGGGAGAGGGAGUUCACGGUACCGAACAUGAACAACACCACCGACUCCCGGCGGAAUGUUCGGUCUUCUCGGCUGAAGCUGCAGGGAUUUUCCAAGCAAUAACAGCCCCAAGAGACCGACCCGUACUUGUUGUGACUGACUCACAGAGCGCUAUCUCAGCAAUCGAGAGCCCAAAAGCGAAACACCCCUUCAUUCAGGGCGUCCAGGCAGAAUUAGAUUCCGCCGAACACCUGACAGCUCUAAUGUGGAUCCCCGGGCACUGCGGAAUUCGCGGAAACGAGCGAGCCGACGAUCUGGCUGGCAUCGGCAGGAACAGCCCUCUCCUUACACGGAAAACCCCAGCAGAAGACGUGAAAAAGUGGGUCAGGGACACCAUAUGGCGGUCCUGGUCCGACGAAUGGAGGCGGAACAGGAUUCUGUUCCUACGAAAAUCUAAACCAUCCACGGGGCCCGGCGAAGACCUGCCAAACCGGCGGGAACAAACUGUCCUCUCUCGGCUCAGAUCGGGACACACUCGGGUGUCACAUAGUAUGACCACCAACAGCUCCGGCUUCCACCGACAAUGCGAAAUCUGUGUCACAUCAAACACGGUCGAGCACUUCUUGUGCACCUGCCCAGUUUACGAGGCCCUCCGUCAGAUGCACCAGGUGACAGACGUCCCCAGGUCACUGGCCAACGACAAAGUCAACGAGCGCCAAGUAAUCAACUACCUCAAGGAAGCUGGCCUCUUUGACAACAUUUGA